CUCUUGUCACCUCGCUUCACUACCAGUCUGCGCCGCUAGAUGGCGCCGGUCCAUGUGUAUAGGAGCUGGUGGGCAGGCAUGGGGGCUGGAUGUGGACUGCUGGAGAGUCAGUGGGGGCAAAUGGGUAUGUGUGUGUUGGCGAGUGUGUCUGAGGCUCGUCGAGCAUUAGGGGAACUUGAAAACUUCACUGCGUUCAGCGAAGGAACAUCUGUGAUCGGAGAUUCGGCGAUUUGGAGCUGAAUCGGCUGCUUCCAGUCCAGCUGUGAUCGACACAGGGCGACCGGUCCGGUUCUCAGCAUUGGCGCGAUUUCCGGCCAACAUGGAUGAUUUGGAUGCUUUGUUGGCGGACCUUGAGUCCACAACGUCCUACAUUUCCAAGCAUCCUCUCUUCUUAUCUGACGAGACCACCUGCUCCUUACCUGUCGGGGGCGAGACCCAUCAAGACAUCAGCUCUCCACCACAGGAGCUACCCACGCCCUCUGGGCAAACUCUGAACGGGCUUGAUGAAAGAGAGCCAUUCAGCUCAGCUGAGAAAAGUCCCUGGUCUAGAGACAUCAUUAGUCCAAGCCAACCCACUGGUGAAGAGGACCACGUGUACAGUUUUCCUAAUAAGCAGAAGAGUAGUGAGUCAUCAGCUCUUGCCAUGAACUCAUCUUUUGGCAACAACCUGUCUGAGCUGGACCGCCUGUUGUUGGAGCUCAACGCUGUCCAACAAAGCACCCCUGCCUUCCCCACAGAAGAAGAGGCAGCUCCACCAGUGCCUGCCAGCAGCGUCAUUCACGGCGUCAAGGAGAAUGGAGUCUCCACUGCAGGCAAGGCUGCUGCACCGGGGAAGCCCAAAUACAGCACUGUAGUUCGAGGAGUAGAGGAUGUACGACCAAGUGUUGAGACACUUCUAAAUGAGCUGGAAAGUUCUGUGCCUUUAACCAAUCCCACACCCUUGGUGGUGACAGAGGGACACACAGACGGACGAGAGGAAACACCAGCACAGCAGCAAGCCAGAAUGUCUGCCUCCUCUGCCACACGAGAACUAGAUGAGCUGAUGGCCUCCCUGUCUGACUUCAAAGUCCAAAGCAAUAUCCAGUCCCAGGGAAAGGCUUCUCCCGUCGCCCCUUCGAAACCAGCCAACAAGCUGGACAACAUGCUGGGAAGUCUGCAGUCAGACCUAAACAGACUCGGAGUCCAGACUGUGGCUAAGGGCGUCUGUGGAGCCUGCAAGAAACCAAUUGUCGGACAGGUGGUAACUGCCAUGGGCAGAACGUGGCACCCCGAGCACUUCGUGUGCACCCAUUGCCAGGAGGAGAUAGGCUCCAGGAACUUCUUUGAGCGUGACGGGCAGCCUUUCUGUGAGAAAGACUACCACAGCCUGUUCUCGCCACGAUGCCACUACUGUAAUGGACCUAUACUGGAUAAAGUAGUGACUGCUUUGGACAAGACUUGGCAUCCAGAGCACUUCUUCUGUGCCCAGUGUGGAGCCUUCUUUGGACCUGAAGGCUUCCAUGAGAAGAAUGGAAAGGCGUUCUGCAGAAAAGACUACUUUGACAUGUUUGCCCCUAAAUGUGGUGGAUGUGCCCGUGCCAUCUUGGAGAACUACAUCUCUGCUCUUAACGCUCUCUGGCACCCUGAAUGCUUUGUCUGCAGGGAGUGCUUCACGCCAUUUAUAAAUGGCAGCUUCUUUGACCACGACGGCCAGCCGUACUGCGAGUCGCACUAUCACGAGCGGCGUGGCUCGCUCUGCUCUGGCUGCCAGAAGCCCAUCACUGGCCGCUGCAUCACAGCCAUGAACAAGAAGUUCCACCCAGAGCACUUUGUGUGCGCUUUCUGCCUAAAGCAGCUUAACAAAGGCACCUUCAAGGAGCAGAAUGACAAGCCCUACUGCCACGUCUGCUUUGUUAAACUCUUCAGUUAGACCACGUGUCUGUGUGUGAACCCAGUUGUUUUCUAAAUGCAUGUGUGGACCUGUGCGCACUCACAUGUCUAGCAUGUACAAGUCAGUUUUUAAGACAGAGGGCGUUAAUGCAGUGGUGGAUGACAUCAUAAAAAUGGUGAGAAAUGUUGCUGACCUUUGACCCCUGAUACUGUCCAACUUCUCAGGCUCAGCAUUUUACACUUUUGCUAAAGACAUUUUUAACAUAGCCCAAAGAGAUUUUUAUUUGGAGUUUUAUUCCAGUGUGCAGCAAAGAAAAGAUGCUGAUUUCCCCUUGUGUGUAAACAUAUAUAAACAUAUGAGAGUCGAGUUAAGACUUCCUCACAUACCUGAUUUGUAAAUGAUUUUAUCUCCCCAUUGCAGGGCAAGACCUUGCAUUACAUGGUGGUGAGUCUAUGUUGAAAUAAAUAUAUGCAGAUGUGGCACAGCUGCUUGAUUGCAUGGACCAUGGAGAGUUGACUUAAGCAGUUUUAAAAUGUGAUGAGUGUUGAAUAUCUAGUGCUUGUCCAAUAGGCGUAAGCUAUAUAGAAAGAUGUAUUUUUCUAGCUUUGGAAACAGUUGCAGUGCCAUUGAACAUUAAAAACUCUGUGUGUACAUGCACACAGACACACUUCACUUCUUUAAAAUACCAGUUCAAACUCUUUGCACACUCCAAUCACAGGUCUCUUGAUGAGACCAUCUUAAGGUACAUUUUAGUAUCCUCAAGAUAUUUGUUAAUUUUCUACCGUCUGAAUAAACAAAAUUAACCAGGAUGUUUUGUCAGUUUUAGCAUUGAAUACAUGAUUUCCCAUCAGAAGUGGAAUAAUUUUUCAUGUAGCAACUUGGAAAUCUGUUUUUAACUUUACUACUGCAAAGUUUGUAUCAUUUAAAUCAAUCAUUUCAGAUUAUUAUUACUAAUUACCAAAAGCAGGUCAGUAGGAAUUGUGCUCUGUGGUUAUUAAUGUUGAACUCUUGGUGCAGUUUUGAUAAAACAAAUCAAAAAGGUUUUUAAAAGUGCCAAUUUUACUGCUCUAAUUACAUGUAUCACGGACUAUUGAGAUUUUUUAAAGCAUAAAUGAUGGUUCGGUUUAGCAUUUCCUGUAUUCUACUCUUGCUACUCUUGUGAAAUUAUCACAGUUUUAAAUCUAUUAAUAAGGCAAAUUCAGGAUUUAAAAUGUGGUUGUGCAUCUGGAUUGUGAAUUUUUGUUUUAUCGGCACUAGCUGCCAGUUGCUGUUACAGUCAGAAUCUAAAUUUAUAUACCCAUGACAGGACUGUGUUUUGUCAGUUUUGAUGAAAAAAUAUAUAUAUUUUUUGAGCUGCUUGGGCUCACACUGAUAUGCAAAGAGCUGGCUCUAUUGGCAUGCACACUAACAUUAGUUUACCUUCUUCACACACCAGCUCCCAGAAAAAAGCAGCUCUCAGAAUUUUGUAGUCAAUCAAACUACGAUCCUGCUGUCUGAGUCAGUAUCGGUGUUUUGCUCACUGACAGGGGCUGCACGUUAGCAUUAGCUGGUCAGAAAUCCAAAUACAUCAAAACAAAAUUUGUUAUGAAUAAUUUCAACUUUAUUUUACUUGUAGCUCUGUUUUGCCAGAUAGGGAGUGUGUGAUUUUCUUUUUCUGUUUGGACAAUAUUGCUCGUCUUUAAUUUUGAUCACGAUGUGUGCAAGAACUUAAUACACUGUAUACAGAUUCAGAUUGUUUUUAUUUUGACAAGAUAUUUCUCGUGCCCUUGUGCCAAAUGUGUCAAUGCAAUAAGGUCUUAUACACUGUGGAGUUCUCAACCUUUCCUGUGGUCGGACACUUUCCGGGCUGAACUCUGGGAGUGGCUUCAUCUGCUGUGGUGCAUCUUAACUCCAAAACUUACACUGUAAUAGACAGCCCAAUGAGAAGCCCUCUGUCUAGAGUCAUUUAGGAGACAGUAUAGUGAACAGCUGUAGCAUAUUCUAAUUUACAGGAUGUAGCGGGGGGAAUAUCGGUGUUGGAAAGACAUUUGCGCCUUGAUUUAAACUGUGUAUGUCUAUGGAAGUAAACAGGAAUUUAGUUAAUUUUUCCCAUGUACAUUUAUCUUUGCUUUUGUCAAAGAUUGCAUGAAAAAAAAACAAACAAAACAAAGCCUUUUAUCGUUAAUGAGAUUAAGUGAACUUUGCAUUGUAAAUGAAACAUUCGUGGGAUCUUUUACCAUUUGUAUUUUCUUAUGAGCCAUGGAGUUUACCGGCUUUGUGUGGGUGGGGUGUUAAGCCUAUGUGGCUUUUGAUUACUGGCUAAUUAUUCUAACUGCUGCAAAUAAAAUACUUUAUUUCUGGCA